AUGGGAGAUCAUGAUUUCAUCAACUCAGGAAGCUGGUGGAAAGUAUCUUCUUCUUCUUCUGCUUCAUCUACUUCAUCUUCCAUGAGAGCAAGCUCAAUUGAAUCUGGUGUUUUUCAAGAUAAGCUUCAUCAUCAUCAUGAUCAUUCUUUAUCUACUGAUCAACAUCAUCAUAACCAUCACCUUCAGAUGAUUGGUUUAGGGCUUUCUUCACAAUCUCCGGUUGAUCAAUGGAACCAAUCUCUCUUAAGAGGAGAUAGUAAAGCGGAGACAAGCUUUGGAGUGAUGCUUCAAGAGAAUCUCAAUUUAGAUGCGACCUCAAACGCAAACGCUAACACAACGUCAUCAACAUCGUCUUACCACCAGCUACAAGAAUCUGAUUCCUCUCACCACCACCACCAAGCUUUGUGGCGUGAUCCACAGAUCAAUAACAACAACAACGAUUUCAAACCACAGAAUCUGACGACGAGCAGCAACCGCGGUUUUUUCUUAGAUCAUCAGUUUAGUCCUCACGGGAGCUCAAGUACUGACAGUAGCACAGUGACGUGUCAAGGUUUCGCUGUUGACAAUUCCUUGUACGCCACGACAACUCCUAAUUCCUCUUCCGCUGCUAUGUAUCAACAUCAUCAAGCAGCUGGUUUUAAUUUGCCCGGCUCUUCCGACCAACAACAACCGUCGAGGAAUCAGCAGUCGAAUCUCGGGUACUCUCAGUUCGGAUCAUCCACCGGAAACUACGAUCAGAUGGCGUCGGCGUUGCCUUCGACUUGGUUUUUAAGAUCUUCGCCGCCGAAACCACACAGUCCUCUGAGAUUCUCUAACAACGCAACGUUUUGGAACCCUGCUGCGACGGCGGGAAACGCGGGUCCUACUCAUCAUGACGCGUCGUCAAACUUUUUCCCGGCGUUGCAGCCGCCGCAGCUUCACGCGCCGAGUUUUGAUGAACAAUCCAAGAGUAUAUCGGAGAUUCGAGAGACUAGUAGCAACGAAGUAAAGAGAGGCGGUGGCGAUCAGCCGGCGCCGGCAAAAAGGGCUAAGAGCGAAGCAGCGUCUCCGUCACCCGCUUUCAAGGUGAGGAAAGAGAAAAUGGGGGACAGAAUCGCUGCGCUCCAACAAUUGGUUUCACCUUUCGGAAAGACUGAUGCAGCCUCAGUGCUCUCUGAAGCCAUUGAAUACAUUAAGUUCUUACACCAACAAGUUUCAGCUCUGAGCAACCCAUACAUGAAAAGUGGAGCUUCUUUACAGCAUCAACAGAAUGAUCAUCCAAAAGAGAUGGAAGCAUCAGAAGAACCGGAUCUUAGAAGUCGAGGUUUAUGCCUAGUUCCAGUUUCAAGCACAUUUCCAGUGACACACGAUACUACAGUAGAUUUCUGGACUCCUACAUUUGGUGGGACUUUUAGAUAG